AUGAGAAUAGGAUUGAAAUUCGUGUGCGGCUUGGUUACAAUUUCCUUGGCAAUUGCAACUGUUUCCUCAUAUCCGAUCAGCAAACGAGUAUGCGACGAUGGCACAAAUGGAAAUGUUGGUUGUGGUAACACAGGAACCGGGAACGUUGGAAAUAGUAAUGGUGGUAAUAGCAAUGUAGGCGAUAAAAACGGUUACAAUUCUCCGGGAGGUAACAACGGUAACAACAACGUUGGAAACGGAAAUGGUGCAAACGCUGGUGGGACUAACAACGGAAACAACAACGUCGGUAGCGAUAAUGGUGGAUCAGUGGGUGGUAGUCAUAAUGGAAAUCAAAAUAUUGGCAAUACAAAUGGAUCCAAUGAUGGUUUAGGAAACAAAAAUGAUGGAACUUCGGGAAACAAUAACGGAAAUACAAAUCUCGGUAGUGGGAAUGGUUCAGAUAAUGGAAAUAAUAACGGUGGUAGUGACAAUGGAAAUAAUAGUGGAAAUAACAAUUUAGCAAACGAUAGUGGAAGCCAGAAUGGAAAUAAUAAUGGUCCUGAUGGUUCUCAUAACGGAAAUAAUAAUGGAAAUAAUAAUGGACCACAGAAUAUUUGA